AGGAGGUAACAUCGCGUGGUACAUGCGGUCGGCACAGUAUCUCAGCAGACUUUGGCCCAAACGCACCGGGCGCGCUCUUCUGCCGCCGCCGCCGUCGUCUGAACUGCACGACGUUCGAUCACACAGACCACGUAUUAUACUGUAAGCGAAUCGUGCUGGAAGAUGGCUUACUGGUGGUUACUGCAGUCAGCAAUGUGGUAUACCACUAUAAUGGUUCUGGCUAAUCCUCUAAUGCCUACCUUAAUCUUUGAGGUUUUGCCCAAGUUGCCAUUACUUAUAAUUCGUCGUUUGGGUACUAUUCCCAUUGAAUCUAUUUAACGGAAUUCAAAUCACCUAUUUAGAUUCUCGACGAAAUUAUGAGUUCAACACCAAUUAACAGUUUAACAGUGGCAGGAAAUUGACCCGGUGGCCUUCUGACUAGCUUGUAUCUGUACAGGCAGUGUCGUUGAAAACUGCAGUCUAACCGAACAGUGUCCGAUCGACGUCCAACACAGCCCGAAUUCAAUUAUGAAUAUUAAGGUGGCCGCGACGUCCAAGUCGGCCGGAUCCCGCCACACCGCCGCCGUAGUCGUUAUCGUAACGGUCAUGUUUAUGGCCCAGUUCGCAGCCGCGCAACAAGUGGCGUUGAAAGCGGGCCGCUUACCGCGCGUUUACAACGCCCUGAUCACCACUGAUCAGCGUCUGUUGCCCAGUCAAGCGGAACCGAUCGUCACGCCCGUAUUCCGUCCGUUCCAGUUCCUCUACGAAUGGCCUGAAGUGAGGUACGCGGCCGUGGAGCCUUAUCCGUCGUUGAAGACGGCCGUGGAGGCGUCUAGUGUCCAAGACGAGUCCCGAUCCGUGGCUGCAGUCGUGAAGAACAACAGGCCGGCGGAUUUGACGGUCGUGAAGAACAACAGGCCGGCAGGCUCUUCGGUGCCGGAUGUACCGCCGCCGCCGCUUCCGGUCGCCCGCGCCCCAGACGCCGCCGUCAAGAAGAGACCGGAAGAGUAUCCGCCUGCGCCGGGUGGUUUCGCUAUUUGAACGUCCGCGCCCCAUCGUCACUCGCCACAAUCAACCACCACCACAAAGGGUUUUUAGUUGACGAGACACAGUCCCUUUCGCUGCCCGUCACACGAUCUUCUAGCGUUCCUGUACAGUCGUGCAAUAAAAUAUAAUAUAUAAUGAUAUUAUUGCGUUAAGUUUUCUGUUCGGUUCGGUUGCAUAUUUUAUUAUAUCACGUAUAUGUUUGGAGAUAUUAUGUCGGCGUUUUUCCGUUUCUCUGCUCCGAACUUUUGCUAAUUUUAAUCAAUUUUCGUCGUCAACAACUUUUAUACGAACACGCGUUUACUAUUUACGUUUAUAACCAUAAUAUGUACAUACGUUUAAUCUAAACCUAUGACGUUAUUCGACAGUUUUUAACACAUUAUUUUGUCUUUAUGUUUAACUUGUGAAUUAUGUAGCAUACGUAAUCAAAAAAUAUAUAAUCAAAAUUAUUUUAGUCACUUUUA